ACAGCUCGAUUUCUACCCUGUUUACUACCCUGCUAUCCUCUCUCACAAUUCUGAUAAUCUCCAGCAAAGCUUUCCUCCUAGGAUGUCUCUCACCACUGAUGUUCUUGUUCAAAUAGCAGACGUCCUUGCCACUGACCAUGGUCCAGUCGCAGCUCUUGGGCUGUUAACCAGCUGUCAGGAGAUACACGACCUUUGCAGCCACCUCUUGCUGCGCGACCCCAGUCUUACUCUUAGACUUAGCCAAGACCCCGCCGACAACAAGCAUCUGCAAUCUUUCUGCGAAUUCGUGUUGGCCAAGUCUGGCAAACGCCUAUUCCACUUCCGCAAUUUGAUACUCGAAAUCGGUCUCCUGCGUAGGAGAGAACGGUACAACAGACUCUCCGUCGAGUUACUCAUGGCCGUACUCGAGAAGGCUAAGAACUUGGAACGUUUAAUAUUGCCACAAGGAUUGUAUCGAACACCUUAUUUAGCUCCGAAGGUUGCCCAACUUUCCGGUCUGCGAGUGCUCCAGUUCGCAGAGUUCAUGGUACCAGCAACCAUGACGCUACUCAAGAACUUCAAGCCGGCUCUGACGACGUUGACGAUGCACCUGCGGGAGCUGCGAUCAGAUUUGUUCAAUCUCAUGGAUACCCUUGCUAGCCAAUCUGCAACGCUCGAGGACCUCGAUCUGGAGUGCAACAGUCUCGUUUCUUUGGAAUGUAUAGAUCCUAUGCAGCCUGUGGUGUUUCCCAAGAUGAGGAACUUGUCUAUCCGAGGAACAGUCAAGUCCAUAUCUGUGGAUACACUAAUCACAUCGUUCCCCAACCUUCGUAGAUUCCAUAUCUCCGAUGUCCGAAUUCCUGCUGGAGAAGUUGCGGAAUGGACGGAUAACUUGCAUAAAAGUAGUCUACGGACUCUAGAAGGAAAGGGGUGGAAGGAGUUGGAUCAGCUGUCGUCCUCUGCUCACAUUCUCUACGGUCUGGCCUUAUCGUGCAAGGUUGGCUAUCUCUGUAUUGCAGUCCUAACUCCACAAGAUGCAGAUCGCGACAGACUGAUAGCCAUCUGUGGUGCGGCUCGUCCUUCGACAUUGCACCUUAACCUUGACAUCAACUACUGUUCUUUGUCUGUACUGUCGGAUGUCAUUCGUGCGUCGGGUGCAACCAUGGUCGAUCUGGAGGCUCGUGGGACUCCCAACGGAAACGAAGAGGCGCGGUCAAUAACGGAACGCAAAGUGGUAGAAUUCUUCGACGGUGUAGCAAAUUGCAUCAAGGACACGCGCGUCUCAACCCUAUCCUUCAAAUUUACAUGGGAGCCACUAGAGCAGAUUGGCUAUAUGCGCUUGGGUGCAGAAAGAGGUAUUUUGGGAUUGGAGAUGCCACCUGAGGACCAGACUAGCAUUUGGCUUCAGCAGUAUAAUACCCAAUCCCUGGCUAGGCGGUUCGAAGACGGCACGACAACUCUCCAGCAUAUCUUCAUCGAGAUAUUCCAGUACCCACACAUCCUGGAGUACUGGCGAGCAGUCGAGCAUGGUGAGGCGAGGCCGCUCGAACUCGUCCCCGAAGAUGGGGAGUAUUUAAAGGAGCUCAAAGAAAGUUUCUUCGGUGGUGGUUGCUGUAUCUGUUGCCCUUGCCAUCAUGCUAUUUGCUCAUUGGAUGAUUAAUGUGUUUCAUUAGCUUCCUGCAAUAUGCUAUCUAGACGAUGAAUUUAGAACUAUGAUGACUACC